AUGGAACAAAACACUCUCAAAAGACGCGGCGUAGGCCUAAUCGGCGUCGACAAGGAACACUCCUAUGGAGGCUACACAUUAUUCUGUCCCUUGACCAGCGACACAGCUCAUCUCGUGGACAUCGAUGGGAAUGAAGUACAUUCAUGGAAGCUUCCUGGCAGGAUAGGCCGUCAUGCACGAAUCCUACCCAACGGGAACCUAGCUGUCAACACACUUCGCCCAACAACCCAAACAACCAAAGAUGGAGAUCCAUAUCCCUUUCCCUUCUUUAAUAAAUAUGGCGGAGGAGUCAUGAGCGAGCUAGAUCCCGAGGGGGCCAUAGUACGUCAAUUCAUCGACCCCCUAGGUCAUCAUGACCAGUACCAUUUUGGCGACGGCCGAAUCUUGUAUGCAGCUCUGGAGCCUCUGUCACCUGAGGAAUCCGCCAAAGUCAUCGGCGGCAUACUUGGCACCGAGAUCAAUGGCAUCACCUACGCAGACACCAUCAAUGAAGUCGACGAAAAUGGCACUCUCGUGUGGCAGUGGAAGGUAUCUUUGCAGCUUCCGCGCGACGAGUUUCCCCUUCAACCGCAAUACACCCGCGAACACUAUCCUCUCAUCAAUUCGGUUCUUCCCAUGCGUGAUGGCCUGCACAUCCUCGCGUCCAUGCGCUCUGUCUCCGCGGUGGUCAUCAUCGACAAAUCCACGGGGAAGAUCGUCUGGAAGCUCGGGCCGGAUGUCAUAGCGCAACAGCACAACGCCACCGAGCUGGAAAACGGCAACAUUCUCAUCUUCGACAAUGGGGCCUUUCGCACGGGGGAAUCGAUAACCUACUCGCGCGUGAUUGAAGUUGACCGCACGACGAAGGAAAUCGUCUGGGAGUAUCGUGACCGUUCGCAGAUGCUGUACUUCUUCACUCCGUUUAUGGGCAGUGCACAGAGACUGGCUAACGGGAAUACACUGGUGUGUGAGAGUGCUUUUGGAAGAAUUUUCGAAGUCACUCGCGAUGGGUACAUUUGUUGGGAGUAUGUCGUUCCCCAUUUUGCGCCAUAUCCGGAUGAGCAGACGGCGAAGAUAUUCCCGGGUGAGUCGAAUGCGUUGUUUAGGGCAUAUCGAUACUCAUUGGAGGAGAUUCCCUGGUUAAAGGAGAAGUUGAUCAGAAAUUCCAGACUAGGGGAUUGUUUAAUUAGUUAG